AUGGCGCGUGCAGUCAAUUCAAUUGUUCUUCCCUAUCGCUAUCCUAUGCACCGCCACCUACCCACCAAUCGGUCUGCUGUUGCUGCGGCGAUUCAGGAGAAACAGGUGCGCCGUCAAGCAGGCUGCUGGGCGACCGCCCACGCGUCACCCCUCUUCCCAGCACCGACAACCCACGCAUCAGCGACACUUCGCUCUGUGCGCCUUGAGGCAGCCGAUGUGAUGCUGCAGCAAGAGUACUUUUUUGCGCGUCAAACGCCGACAGACACUCUAGCUGCCGGAACAUUCUUUUCUGGGUAUGAUACUCCAGUCACUGCGGUCAACGAAACGACUACUCCUUGGUGGGUUUCUGAGAAGUUCAACCACUUGCCUUGUACUAUGGAGGUGCAGAAACGUCUGCACGAGUACCAAAAUGUGGCUUCUUGUGGUGAUCGGAAAUUCCUGCUCUCCGAACUUAAAGAAGGGGGUCAUGGUCUUGGCUCUUCGCUUAUUGUUAUUGCUUUUGACUUUCUUAGUGCCAUGAAACUUGGAAGGAGUUUGCUUAUUGGAGGUCCAGGCUCGGAGAAAAAGUGGCAAUUUAGUGCUCGGGGAUGUUGGCAGUGGGGGCGACGGUCUUUGGACUGCUUCUUCCUUCCACCAUCGCGAUGCAAGUUGCCGGUUGGACCUGUAUUGGUGGUGCGCAAUUGGCGCGAUGCUGCACGUAGCUCUGCUCGAGUGAUACGCAAACACUCUGUGGAUACCCCUGGAUUGGACAGAAACACGCUCCUAUCUAAUGAAGUUUUCUUUGGUCCAGGUCACCAGGGGUGGGCUUGCUAUGCAAAGUACCAAGAGUGGUUGCGGGACCCCGCAAAUAUAGCUGUGUUUGGCACAUUUGAAAGGGCACUCGACACACGACUCUCUUUUAUGCUGGCACAGGUGUUUACGUACCUGACACGUGCACCGCAACCGUGGUUUCAAGCAAUGAUACAUUACCACCUCUCGCAUCUAGGUCUAGUUGCAGUUGACGGAAUUCGUGUGGCCACUCCUCCGAGUACGCAGUGCAUGGUUUACGUUCAAGAUCGCGGCGAGGCGGCCAAAAUGAGAGAAUAUUAUAACGUUUUUGGUUGCCACACGGUUGGGCUUUCGCUUUAUAGAGACUAUGUACUUGCUAUAAGCAAUUUUUCCGGCGCAACUUCCUCCCAACGUGUUUGCAGGGUUUUUGUUAGUGGUGGGACACCUUACCAGAGUUUUUUGUGGCUUAAGAAGGAGUUUGAAAAUGAAUCCUAUGAUGUUUUGAGCACCUGGAACAUUUCCACGCUUAAUGCUGGAUUUGAGUCGAAGCGAUGGGGCGCAAGUUCGCCUGCGGCAUCGUGGGUGGAUUUGUACGCCGGAGUUGCCAGCACCAAUUGGGUGUGUGUGGUGCAAUCAAAUUGGUGUCGAAUGAUUUAUUUUCUCCGCCUGACGCAUGGACGAGCGGAAUGUGGCUUUGUAGACAUUGGUGCGUUGUUGUUGACAUCCACUGAGGCCCGAGGGAAGUACUGUGUCGUGUCUAACUUUCCGACGAAGCCCUUUUCUAAUGUUAUAGGAGGUUGA